AUGGAUUCAAGUAACGGAGAUAUUAGAGAUUUUACUACUUAUGUUCCAUAUGACAACAAGCUUUAUCCUCCAUUUGACAAUAAGCUUAUAAGCAAUGAGAAGAAGAGUAAUUUGAUUUCAAGGACGAUGGAUGUGGGAAGUAUUAGUGACAGAUGGUUGUACGUACGAGGUGAAAAGAUUGAUUUGAAGACAUGGGAAGGUGUUCGGUCUUCUAAGAAGCAGAUGAGCCGUCUUUGGCCGUCGUCGCCACCGAAGAAGGAAGCGUGGGAAGUCGAUGUGCCUAAAUUGAAUUUAAGGCAUAUCAUUGCUAAAGGGACUUAUGGAACUGUCUACCGUGGUGUCUAUGAAGAUCAAGAGGUUGCAGUAAAGGUAUUGGAUUGGGGCGCCUCUACAGCUGCUGAAACCGCUGAAGUUCGGUCGUCAUUCCGCCAAGAAGUUUCUGUUUGGCAUAAUCUUGACCAUCCAAACGUUACCAAGUUUAUUGGAGCUUCUAUAGAACCGUCUCACAUCAAAGUACCUACCAAGAACCCGGAGCUCAAUGGCGGUCUAAAAUUUACCUAUUCCAUGGCUUGCUGUGUCGUUGUUGAGUACCUUCCAGGUGGGACGCUAAAGAACUACUUAAUCAGGCACAGAAGAAAUAAACUUCCCAUUAAGACUGUGGUUGAACUUGCUUUGGAUUUGGCUAGAGGCUUGAGUUACCUUCAUUCAAAAAAGAUUGCACACCGCGAUAUAAAAACAGAAAACAUGUUGCUAGGUUCUCAUAGAACUUUGAAAAUUGCGGAUUUUGGUGUUGCUCGAAUUGAAGCUGCAAACCCUCGAGAGAUGACUGGGGAGACUGGUACUGUAGGAUACAUGGCCCCAGAGGUUAUUGAUGGCAAGCCUUACAAUAGAAAAUGUGAUGUCUACAGCUUUGCAAUAUGCUUAUGGGAAGUUUAUUGCUGUGAAAUGCCUUAUGGUAAUUUUAAAUUUAUUGAUUUGGCAACUGGAGUUGUUGAAAAGAAUUUACGACCGCAAAUUCCAAAAUGUUGUCCCAGAUCCUUAGCAAAAAUCAUGAAAAGAUGUUGGGACGGAAACCCGGAGAAACGACCCGAAAUGGAUGAAGUAGUAAGGAUGCUAGAGGCCAUAGAUACAAGCAAGGGUGGUGGCAUGAUAACUGAAGAGAACUCUUCUUUUGGCUGUUUCUCGCUUUUCAAACGCGGUCCAUAG